ACAAAGACACCUACAUCUUGGAUGCCCUUGAGAUUGGAUAAAAACACAGUGAUCACAGUUCACACCUGCAGUGAAGCCCCUCCCACAACAAUUCACCAAUAAAUACUGGGAAUAUUCCCAUCAUCCUACAAGAGAAGGACAAACUCAAGGAGUAGCAGCUGAAAUCUGUGUGACUGUUAAAGAUGGAGUUUAUUAAAGAGGAGAUUGAAGACAUGAGUGAUCCAGAACCAUCCAGAAUAAAACAUGAAGAUACUGAGGAACAAACAGACCAGGUGAGAGUGAAAGAGCAAAGACAAGAACUGAAUGAAGUGGAGGACGAACAUCGUAACUUUACAAUUCAAAGAACAAAAGUCAAAGAGACGCACACCUGCACUCAGUGUGGAAAGAGUUUCUCACAGAAAGGAAACCUUAACACACACAUGAGAAUUCACACUGGAGAGAAACCGUAUACAUGCACUCAGUGUGGAAAGAGUUUUUCUCAAUCAUCAGCUCUCAGUGUUCAUCUGCUCAUUCACUCUGGAGAAAAACUAUUUAACUGUGAUCAGUGUGGAAAAGAUUUUAUUUCAUCAUCAAAACUAAAACAACACCUGAAAGUUCAUUCAGGUGAGAAGCCUUAUGUGUGUUCUCACUGUGGAAAGAAUUUUUCAAGGCUGGACAGUUUUAAACAGCACCAGAAAACACAUAAUGAAGUGAGAGAUUAUAUGUGCUUUGACUGUGGGAAGAGCUUUACUACAGCUGUGAAUCUGAAACUGCACCAAAGAAUUCAUACUGGAGAAAAACCUUACAAGUGCUCAUAUUGUGACAAGAGUUUCACUCGGUCUGGACACCUGAAAUCACAUGAGCGAGUUCAUACUGGAGAGAAGCCGUACCACUGUACUCAGUGUGAGAAGAGUUUCACCAAAUCAAGUUAUCUAGUGACUCAUAUUAGAAAGCAUUGUUCUAUGUCACUGUGAGCAAAUGUUUUGUUAGAUUCACAUAAAGUAAAUAUGAAGUUAGUUAACUAAUAGACUAGUGUUGCUGUGAAUGCCACAAGAUUUGUGUUUUAUAUGUUGGAGAACAAGAAUAUCAUUGAAAAUUAUUUUGAUUGAACGCUUACUCAAAGAAAUACCAAAAUGAAAAGAGACGGGCAAGAAAUGCAGAAAA